AAAUAUAGAUAAGGAAAAAGAUGACAGCGGCGAAAUCUUCAGGUCUCUCCUGAGCUCCGUUGAGAGAAUGCAGGCUGAUCUGCUUAUGGUGUUUGAGGAGAAACAGAAAGGCAUAGAAAGGCAAGCCGGAGGGUUUGUUAAAGCACUAGAACAGGAAAUUGCUGCGUUGAAAAGAAGUGACACUGAGCUGGAGAAACUCUUACACUGUGAAGACCACCUCCACUUCCUCCAGGCUUACUUAACAUUAUCCACCCCUAUGUCCAUCAUGAACUGGGAUCAAAUUCAAAUUAACAGCAGAUUGAGUGUCGAGGAUGUGAUGAGAGAGUUGCUUCACCUUCAGCAAUCUGUCAGCAAUACCACUGAGAUGAUGUCUGGGCUGAUAAACCUGGAUUAUCAAAAAGAAGAGAUAAAAACGCUGUUGAAAACUAAGUUACAGAAAGGUGACACAUGGUACCUAGUAGACAGUGGUUGGUUCACGAAGUGGAAGAAAUAUGUGGGAUUUGAGAUCUGGGACUGGAUUUGCAAGGGACACGAGACGUUUUACCCUGGACCAGUGGACAAUUCAGGCCUCCUAACAGAUUCACUCUGUAUGAAGGAGAAUCUAAUUGAAGAGCUGCACUACAUCCUUCUGCCUAAAGAGGCAUGGGGUAAACUAAUCAGCUGGUAUGGACUGACCGAGCACCAGAAGCCUAUUGCACAGAAAGUGGUUGAGCAAGGCGUUUUUGUGAAGCACUGUAAAGCGGAGGUCUAUCUCACUGAACUGAGAUUAUGUGAAUUCAGCAAUAUGGACCAAAGUAUAAGUCAUCACUUCAGCAAAACAGACACAGUAGCCUGUAUUGAAAAGGAAAUGCACAUAAUCUUCAAUAUUCCUGAUGGGAAGGAGACCAGGUUGUGGAGAAAGUACAUGCAUAAUGCAUUUGAGUGUCUGGGCCAGCCUGGUAGCAGCAUUGAGGCUGCCGGUUUCUUCCAAGGACAGGUUGUAGUUAUAGAACAGAGAAAUGAAGAUGGAACAUGGCCGCGAGGCACAGUUAGACCAACUCUCCCCAAAAAAAAACUCUAACAAGUACUACCUGAGUGGAGCAUUAUGGUAGUUAAAAGGUACUAAACUCUGUUUAUUGUUCAUUUUAUUUUAUUUUUUAUUUUGUUUAGCGUUUAUGGUCUUUGCACUAUAGUGGAUAUAUUCUAUAUCUGAUAUAAAUAUCAUUAAGCAAGUAGGAAUAGAAACAUGUUUAUUGUAUUAGUUUUGCUCCAAAGACAUCUGAUAUAAUCAAAGUGAGACAAUCGUGGGCAUCUUUGAGUUAAUGUUUACAGAAGAGGGCAAUUAGUAUGUGCUAGAUACACCCUCCAUAGAUAGCAGCGGUCAUGUGAUUCAGAGAGCUACCCGGAUCGGAAUUAGCAAAUGACCAAAUUGGGAGAAAUUGAGAUUAAAAUAAUAAUAAUAAUAAUAAUAAUAAUACAAACUAAACUGAUGGAACAGAUGCCUUCAGAGUGACUAGGUGGAAAUUUGUAGAACGUUAUUUUCUUUUCUUUUCUUUUCUUUUUUUCUAGCAUUAACAAGCAUUAAAGAAUGAGGGAUCAUAAUUGGAUUUUGGUUUUUUUACUUAGUACUGCCCUGAAUAAACUAUUUCACAUAACAGAUGUGUUGUUACCUGGAUGAUCAGUGACUGUGUUUUGUUUGGUGAUGGUUGUUCACGAGUCCCUUGUUUGUCCUGAGCAGUUAAACUGCCCACUGUUCUUCAGAGAAAUCCUCCAGGUCCUGCACAUUCUUUACUUUUACAGCUUCUUCUGCAUAUUUGAUCCCAGCAGUGACUAUAUGAUGUUGAAAUCCAUUGUUUCACACUAAGGACAAUUGAGGGACGCCUACAUUUAUAUUCUUAACUAUUAUAAAAGUUGCAAACAUUCACCGAUGCUCAAGAAGGCAACACACUACGUUAAGAGCCAGGGGGAUGUAAACUUUUGAACAAGAUAUUUACAUGUUUCCCAGAAGACAAAAUAAUAACAAUUUACAUCAUCAUCAUGUUUUCAUCACAAGUUUUAUGUAUAAUGUUUCUUUCUUGAGAAUCAGUGACUGUUUUGUAAUAGUUGUGUACGAGUCCCUCAGUUGUCCUCGGUGUGAAAAUAUGGAUGUCAAAAUCAUAUAGCCGCUAUAUGCAGAAGAUGCUGGAAACGCAAAGAAUGUGCAGGACCUGGAGGAUUUUUCUGAAGAACAGUGGGCGGUUUAACUGCUCAGGACAAACGAAGGACACAUGAACAACUCUCACAAAACAUAAAAGCAGUCGUUGAUCAUCCAGCUAACAACACACAGUAUUAAGAAUCAGGGGUAUGUAAACUUUUGAACUGGUUCAUUUGUGUAAAUUUGAUGUGAAAUAGCUUACUCAGGGCAGUACUAAAUGUAUUUAUUUUCUUUAAAGCAAUUUUUAUAAUCUCUCUUUAAAAAAUGAUUAACAUUUACCAUUCUGCAAGGUGUAUGUAAACUUGUGUAUCAAACAGGUUAUGACUGUAUAUGGAGACAGUGUACAGUAUGUAUCACUCUGUUCAGAAUAAAUAUGAGGUGCUGCCACAAGCAUUACCUAGAGACGAGUCUCUUUGCAAAAGCAAUAACACUCCAUGCCG